UUGCUGUCCGAAAGUUCCCGAGUAUCCAGAAAGCAGCAGGGAGCUCCAGAGCAAUGUCACUGUUCCACAGCACAGCAUAAAGGCUCAAACGGGAGCUCGCCGGGGAUACUGGGAGGCAGGGAUCCCAAAUAAAGGGGUGCAGUGGAGGUCUUAAUAAUAUCCUGGAACACAGGAGAUGAAUGCAGUUUUAAGGACUUUCACAAAGCCCUGGGGAGAGUGAGGAAUCACGGAAAACUCCAAGAUUAGGUGGACCAGGAAAACAAACGGCAACAAGCAGUGAUCCUGACAAAAGAGGGACAGAGGACACCUGGGUAAAAGGCAAAUUCUGGAUUUAUCUGGAGGUAGUGGAAGAAAAGAAGAGCCAACGGAAGAGGAGGAAAGAAUCAAACGGGUGGGGAGGUGAUAAUAGAAGCAACAAUGAGAGGUGUAACAUGGAGCAUGGGCAUCGUGCUCUGCCUCUCCCUCUGUUUGGUUGACAAGAGCCACUCAGUAAAUGAACUUUCGCAGUCACGUCGACGGCGGGCACCUGCAGACGACACCAAGAAGUGUUCCUACACUUUCUUGGUGCCUCAGCAGAAGAUUACAGGCCCGAUCUGCGCCUCUGCCACAGGGCCUGAGGCAGACAAAGACCGGGUGACGCGUAUGGAUAUCGCUGACGUGCGGGAAGUCUUAUCUAAGCAGCGAAGAGAGAUCGAAACGCUGCAAGUAGUGGCAGAUGUGGACGGGAACUUGGUAAAUGAAAUGAAGCUUUUACGCAAAGAGUCACGUAACAUGAAUUCCCGGGUGACGCAACUGUACAUGCAGCUGUUACACGAGAUUAUCCGCAAAAGAGACAACUCCCUGGAAUUGGUGCAGCUGGAGAACCGUGUUCUGAACGUCACCACGGAAAUGCUCCGCCUGGCCUCCCGCUACAGAGAGUUAGAGAUGCGUUUCGCAGGCCUUGCCGCCACAGUCAACAACCAGUCGGUGUUGAUCGCCGCUUUGGAAGAACGCUGUCUACGUGGGUUCGGGCGUCAAGAUCUGCCGGCAGUGCCGCCUUUGGUGCAGGUGGUGCCGGAGAACAUUCCAACCAACAAUAAUCGCUUUACCAACGAGAUUCAGAGAGACAACAACAACCGAGCUUUUCCUAGGGGAUCCCGCAUGGAUGCUCCAACACCUGACCCACUGGGAAUACCACCGCCACCGCAGGGCACCCUCACCACAGAUGGUCCAUUCAGAGACUGUUACCAGGUGAGGCAGGCGGGACAUACCACCAGUGGGAUGUAUCUCUUAAAGACAGACGGCAAUGACAGACUGAUUCAAGCUUGGUGCGAGCAUAAAUUAGACAAUGGAGGCUGGACCAUUUUUCAGCGAAGGAAAGAUGGCUCCGUCAACUUCUUCCGGAACUGGGAAAACUACAAGAAAGGCUUUGGAAACAUAGACGGAGAGCACUGGCUGGGCUUGGAGAACAUCUAUAAUUUAGCCAAGCAAGGAGAUUACAAACUUCUGGUGGAGUUAGAAGACUGGGUUGGGAAGAAAGUGUACGCGGAGUACAGCAGCUUCCAUCUGGAGCCUGAGAGCGAGGGAUUCAGGAUAAGACUGGGCACCUAUCAGGGCAAUGCUGGAGACUCGCUCACGAGUAACAACGGAAAACCCUUCACUACACUAGAUCGGGAUAAAGACGCCUUCACAGGCAACUGUGCUCAUUUUCAUAAAGGUGGCUGGUGGUAUAACGCGUGUGGGCAAACAAAUCUGAAUGGCGUGUGGUACUCGGGUGGCGUCUAUCGGAGCAAGUUUCAGGAUGGAAUCUUCUGGGCCGAGUAUGGAGGCGGCUUCUACUCGCUCAAAUCGGUCCGUAUGAUGAUCCGCCCAAUAGACUGAAGUCCGCCACAAGAUGCAGAAGUUCAAAUCCCUUGAAUGUACUCAUAAUUUACGUCAGCACUUAUUUAUAACCACACAUUCAUUUUUAUGAGGACAUGUAAAGUAUGGCACAGUAUAGUCACCGUGGGUACACAAAGAUGGAAUUUUACAUACAUGUACGUCCAGUGUCUUGGAAACUGACGGUCUGACGUCAAGAUCAUCACAUACUAAGAAACUCUGACAUGAGGGUCUGAGAUGGUAAAUUUUAGUGCCUUUUGUUCUGCCCCACAUUUUCCAUUUACCCUAAUCUUCUUUCACUGUCUUUCUCCAACAUUGCCAUUCGUCUUUAUCCUCAUUGCUGCUUAAUUCGUUUUGACUCAUCCUCAUUGUUUGGACAGAUGACACCAGAGCCUUAAAGGCUUUAACUUGAGUAACUAGAUUUCUUUCGCUGGCAUAGUUUUGCAGUACACACUUCAUUGAUGUGCGUACGUUACAAACAGAAUCGGCAAUGGGCCGUGCUGUCUGCCAUGCCUUGUCAACUUGUAAUGUUGGUCUGUAAAUAUACUGUACUGUUUGUA